GCGGAAGUUUUGGAAGGUUGUGAAAAGUCCUCACUGCAAAUCAUUAUUUGCAGUUGUUCAUUUGAAAACCUCGGCCACUUAGUCAGCAUUUUGGAGAGGAUAGCAAUGGAAAACCUAAUGGUAGAGGCCAUAAUAACUUUCGUAGAGAGAGCCUUUUUUGUUGCCGUGUUCCUGCUAAAGUCAGAUCGCGCUCAGAAAGCCAUUGAGGUGUGCAGCGAAUGCUUGAUUUUGCUAAACAACACCAACCAGAACAUCAAAGACCAAUUUAUUUCACUACGCUAUGGCGCUAUCUAUGACGUUCUUUUCCGCGCUUAUCGUCAUAUCUCUGACUACAUAAAUGCGGAAAGAUACGGAAGGAGACUACUUGUCCUAUACAACGAGUCUGGUGACUUACUACGAGAAGGAUACAUAAGCAUAGCUCUAGCAGAGAUAGCUGAGGGUCAAAACAGGUUAGCAGAGGCCAAAAAACUUUAUGAAAAAGGAUUAAAUACAUUGAGACAAACUGGUGAACAAAUUGGAGAAGUAAACGCCUGUAUAAGACUCGGAAAUAUCUGUCAUAAACUUGGCGAAAACCUUAAAGCAAAAAAGUAUUUUGAGAGAGCUCUUGUCAUCAUAAAUGGAAUUGGCGACAGAAAUAAAGAGGCAACAUGCUAUGGAAACCUAGGAACAGUGUGUGAGUCGCUCGGGCAAUACGACAGGGCAAAAGAGUAUCUCGAAAAAGCGCUUGUCAUCAUAACUAAAAUUGGCGACAGAAAUGCAGAGGCAACGUGCUACGGAAACCUAGGAGCUGUGUGUCAGUCGCUCGGGCAAUACGACAGCGCAAAAGAGCAUCUUGAAAAAGCGCUUGUCAUCAGAACUGAAAUUGGCGACAGAAAUGGAGCGGCAACUUGUUAUGGAAACCUAGGAACAGUGUGUGAGUCGCUCGGGCAGUACGACAGGGCAAAGGAGUAUCUCGAAAAAGCGCUUGUCAUCAUAACUAAAAUUGGCGACAGAAAUGCAGAGGCAACGUGCUACGGAAACCUAGGAGCUGUGUGUCAGUUGCUCGGGCAAUACGACAGGGCAAAAGAGCAUCUUGAAAAAGCGCUUGUUAUCACAACUGAGAUUGGCGACAGAAAUGGAGAAGCAGCUUGCCACGGGAACUUAGGAAAUGUGUAUGAGUCGCUCAAGCAAUAUGACAGGGCAAAAGAGCAUCUCGAAAAAGCGCUUGUUAUCACAACUGAGAUUGGCGACAGAAAUGCAGAAGCAGCUUCCCACGGGAACUUAGGAACUGUAACUGAAAUUGGCGACAGAAAUGGAGAGGCAUCAUGCUACGGAAAUCUAGGAACUCUGUAUCAGUCGCGCGGGCAAUACGACAGGGUAAAAGAGUACUUAGAAAGAGCGCUUCUCAUCAGUACUGAAAUUGGUGAUAGGGAAGGGGAAGCAACAGGUCUUGCAAACCUUGGAGCUUUUUCUAGAUUCCUUGGAGAUUAUGAAGCUUCGGAAGUGUACUUGGAGAGAGCAUUAAUCAUAUCCAAAGAUAUUGGAUGUAGGAGAAGAGAGUUCGAGAUCCUAGAAGCUUAUGCCAUUUUGUAUUUUUGUCAAAACAAAAUGAAAGACUCCCUUUCUUGUCUUCAUCAAUGCAUUAUUAAAUAUGAAGAGCUGAGAGAUUUCCUUGGCGUCAACGACCAGUUUAAAACCUCAUUUUUGGAGCAGAGUGGUGUAUAUCCCUACAGUUUCCUUGGCAGUUUGCUUUGUCGAACCGGAAAUAGUUGUGAUGCUCUUUAUGUUGAGGAGUUGAGUCGUGCAAGAGGCCUAUCAGACUUGAUGGCCAAGAAGUACUCGGUUGAAACGCACGUCUCUGCUAACCCACAAUCUUGGUUUGGCAUUGAAAAAAUUUUGAGAAAGGAAAAGAACUGUACUUGUCUUUAUAUUUCUUAUGUUCAAAAUGACGUGCAUUUGUGGAUCUUGAAAACAAGUGGAGCCAUUCAUUUUAAAUACAUAUCACUUGAAGAGGGUCUUGUUCAGGCUGGGUUACCCAAAGAUUUGCCUUUGAGUACAUUUUUGGCUGAUAAUUUCCGGAGUCUUGGUAUUUUGCCAAUUGAAGAUUGUGAAGAUCGAUCUUUAAAUAUGGUUGAGUCGCAACCUCUUACCCCCGAGCAAAAGAGCUCAGCAAGGGUGCGUCUCGUGGAGGAGGACGAUGAAGUCAUUUCAAUUCUAUCGCUGUGUUACAAAAUCUUUAUUGCCCCAAUUUAUGACUUGCUCGAGGAGCCUGAAGUCAUUAUUGUUCCGCACAAUACUUUGUACAAAGUUCCCUUUGCUGCCCUGAGUGAAAAGGAAGGAGCCGAAUACCUCUCUCAGACUCGUAGGAUUCGUGUCAUUCCUUCUUUGACGACACUCAAGAUCAUUCAAGACAGUCCAGAUGACUAUCACAGCAACACUGGUGCCUUGAUAAUAGGCGAUCCCAAGGUUGAUUGGCUGCUGCCAUUGCCAGGUGCAAGAAAGGAAGCGGAGAUGGUCGGACGACUGGUGGGCAUUCCGCCCCUG